AUGGAUGGACAGGUUCCCUCUGAGGGAAGAGUUGAGGUGUUUCACAAUGAAUACUGGGGGUCGGUCUGUGACGACCAAUGGAGUCUAGAAGAUGCCGAGGUUGUGUGCAAGGACCUGGGCUACAGUGGCGCAGACCUGGCCCUGGUCGCCGCAGCCUACGGCGUUGGGAGUGGUCCAAUAUGGUUGGAUGAUGUACAGUGUCGAGGAGAUGAAGAGAGCUUGGAUCAAUGCGACUUUGAUACGAUAGGGAGUAAUGACUGUUUGCACGAGGAAGAUGCUUCGGUGAUUUGUACAGCACGAGGUUCUUUAAGACUUAAACACGGUACCUCAUCGCAUGAUGGCAUACUGAAGAUCAUGGGGAAUUCCUCAAGCACUUUGGACAGCGUUUGCGGUGAUACCUGGACCGCGGCAGCCGGGGAAGUAGCGUGCCGUCAACUUGGCUUCUCCGGGUAUUUGAACAGUUCUUUGAGUGAUCCGUCAAAUAGCGCCAACUCUGGGCACGACGACAACGCCCCAUGGAAGUUCCUCAGCGGUUUCCGCUGCAAUGGUAACGAGAGGAGACUGGAAGCGUGUCCGGAUGCAGAAUGGAGCCCCGUUGACGCCUGCUAUGAGAAACAAGAUGUGAUUCUACAGUGUGAUCCUACAGCCGCCCGCCUCGUCGACGGUAGCGGACCAUACGAAGGUCGGGUCGAAGUCUUCUACGGUGCCACCUGGGGCACUGUUUGCGACGACCAAUGGAGUCUCAGCGAGGCCGACGUCGUCUGUCGCCAAGUCGGCUACGAACUCGGGGCUAAGGAAGCGCCUCGGAACUCCUACUUUGGAUCGGCCGAUGGUCCUAUUCUUCUGGAUGACCUAUAUUGCAAUGGACAGGAGAGUAGUCUCUUUAGCUGCCAACACAGUGGUUUUGCGAAUCAUAACUGCAACCAUCGUACCGACGCUGGCACUAUUUGCUUGAGGAAUGACAAGCAAAUUCGCCUCGUGGGCGGUUCCACGAGUUACGAAGGUGUGGUCCAGGUGUGGUAUUUCGGGGAAUGGUACACUAUCUGUGACGAUGCCCACUGGGGCAGGGAGGAGCGGGAGGUCGUGUGUCGUCAGCUCGGUUACGAGGUCGAUGGUGAUGACCGGACGCCCGUCGCGUUCAUCAACGCCGUGAUCGGUUAUACAGCAAGAAGACACUACAACUGCACGGGGGAAGAAGAGGUGCUAUUCUACGAAUGUCCGUGGAGUUUUAAUUCUGGUGUAAGUAAAUGUCUCCCAGAGACAGUUGCACAGGCUUGGUGUAGCAAACCAAAAGACUUGGAAAUCAGACUACAAAAUAGCGAGUACGCUGGCCAAGGUCGGCUCGAGCUAUAUCACUCGGGUACCUGGGGCACCGUGAGAGCCCUCAACGAACAUCAAUCCGAGGUCAUUUGUCGACAGCUCGGCUACGAGUCCGUCAUGGAGAUCUAUGACGAGGCCGUGUUCGGGAUUGGUGAUGGUCCUAUCUGGGAUAUUGAGACGAUCACGUGUUAUGGGAAAGAGGAUAAUCUCAGAGAGUGCACCUCAGAUUGGGAUGGCAGGGUGGUCGGCGAUCAGGACCAUACUCAAGACAUUUCUAUGAUGUGCAGGCCAUAUGAGUCCAUCGGAACAAUAAAACCUCGGCUGGUAAGCUAUGAUGGCGCGAUUUCGAAUGGUCGGCUUGAGGUUUACCUCGGAGAUGGAGCCUGGGGGACUGUUUGCUCAUCGGAAGGUUGGGGGCAGACUGAGGCAGAGAUUGUAUGUAGACAGCUGAACUAUGCCUCGGGUCAGUAUGCCAAGAUCAUGGACCCUUCAGAGUUUCCUAAUAGCAACGGCCCGAUUGCAUUUAGCAACGUCGACUGCGAUGCCCACGACGACAGCCUCAGGGAGUGUCAAUAUGGUGCCUGGGGGGAGCAAGACUGCCUGCACGAUCAAGACGUCGGAAUCGAGUGUUACUAUUACGGAGAACCUGGAGGUGUCAUACCAGUUUGGGAGAUAGUACUUAUCGCCGUGAUAUGUUCGUUAAUGUUCCUCAUCCUCGUCGGUCUGGCUAUCUACCAGCGAGGGCGCCACGGCCGUCGUGUUUCCUCCCCUACCCACACCGCAUCACGUGAUGACCAUGGAUACACCAAUAAUAACCCUGUUUGCGACAUGACCGAGCCCCCGCCAGACUACCGGCCUUCCACGCCACCGCCAACUGAGUCGCCGCCCUCGUACGAUUCAGUAAUGUAA